AUGCGGGAAGCAGCAGCACCUCUUUUCGAGCUCUUGAAGCACGGAUCAUCGCACUCGACCCCGCAAACACCUCCGGGCGACGGGCUUACAGCCGAACAGUGGUCGAGCAUUAUAGGGUGGAUAUCUGUCGCGUGUUGGGUGCGUGAUACGCUUCAGUGGUCGUCUGCAGGACGAAGUCGAUGGGUGCGAGGCAAAGGCAUUGUGUCGAUCGCAUUGGUAGAGGCGCAAAGCGAAAGUCUCUUGAUCAUCAUCGCCUUCAAUCACGAGUCGCGUCAGGUCGCACUUCUUGCCCCCUUGCUUGCUCCUCCACUUGUCUCGCUCAUCAGCUGACCAUACGCUCUUUCCCCGAUCUUUUCCUGUGCUGGGCUCGCUCGCAUCUCUGCCGUCCAAAUCCCCACGCACACGCGCGCAUACAAAAAGGUGAUCGUCUACAGUCCGUGAGCAUCACACGCCUCAGUGCACCCAAAAAGGCUCAUUUAGUUCUUCUCUCCAUGCAUAUUGGCUGAAAUGUUGCCUAGAUCCUUCCCUCUUGGAGUCAAUUGUGGGAAAAUUACGUGUUGAAGUCGGGAGAAGGACUGUCAGUCGCUUUUCUCGCCAUUUGGUUGCUGGGCGAUGCGCUCAAUUUUGUGGGAGCUUGGAGGCAGGGAUUGCUGGUCACCAUGGUGAGCGGGUGGUGGGUGCGCACGUAUGCUGUUUGGUACGCUUGGCUCACUCUUGUCAACGACCACCUGGGAUGCGCUCUCAUAGGUCGUGCUGGCGGGAUACUACUGUCUAUGCGACAUCGCUUUGAUAGGACAAGUGAGCACCUCGGGAGUAGCACGUCUGACCUCAAGAUUGCGCAUGCUCAUCCUUUGCACAUUGCUUGUCUUGCAGUAUUAUUGGUACAAAAAGUAUCACGACUUUUACCAUCCACCCGUCGGCUCUCUUGCGCACGAGACUACGCCGCUCGUGUCGAACCUCGCAUCUCCCGCACGAGCCAGCGCCUCGUCCAUCUCGGUAGCGACGAUCGGCCCAGUGCCGUGUAAACAGCCCAAGCAGACAAGUUGGCAAAGAGAGGCUCUGAAGUACUUUUUCGCAGUAGCUGUGGUCAUCGCUACGGGAGUCAUUGCUUGGCUCGUGGCUGACAGAUAUCCUCAGGAUGACGGAGGACAUCAUGGUGGAGAUCACAAGAACCCAGACGAUAAGCCAGGAUUAGUAUGGGACGCGCAGGUGUCUGGCUGGGCGAGCGCUGCGCUGUAUCGUAAGUGCCGCGCGACCAAAGCUUGCAUGCAUCUUUGCGCUGCGUGCUGAUGCUGGACUCAACCUUCUCGUCACGCGUCAAAAGUCUUUUCACGAGUUCCGCAACUCAAGAAGAAUUUGACCACAAAGUGCGAAGGUCUCAGCCUCGAACUUUUCGUCUUUGCAGUGGCAGGGUGAGUCAUGCGACGCACACUGCGUCUUGUGAAUUGGGCGCUCAUGCCCUUCGUGUGAGCUGGCGCAGAAAUUCUACAUAUGUCCUGUCCGUGCUGGUCAAGUCCCUCGACCGAGAAUACCUGCUCGAAAAUUCGAGCUGGAUUGUGGGCAGUCUAGGUGCGUUUCGACUGUUAUUGUUUCCCCCCCCCCUUGUCUGUGUCCCAUCGCUUGCCAGCCUUUGUGUGACUUACUUUGUGAGCGGCGUCUGGACUUCCACGCGCAUGCAGGCACCAUUCUUUUAGACUUUUGCGUGCUGGGUCAGUUCAUUUACUAUAGAAAGGAUAGAGAAGAAGCGAGGUUAUUGGCUGCUGCUGCUACUUCGGGUUAUUCUCAACAUAGACCUUCCGCCGGCGCUGGGCUGAGCGAUUCGGAGCGACGUCAAGAUGUAUCUACCGAAGCAUGA